AAUACAAUUUAGCAAAUGCAAAAGCCAUGUUGGGACAUAACAUUAGAUUAGCAAAUCCCAACGAAUUCCCUUCUGUCGUAACCAUACUGAGAAAUCGAAACUCAAACAUUGUUCUAAACAGAGAUGUCGUAUGUGGUGGAGUACUUAUUUCUAAACAAGACGUUCUAACAUCUGAACAUUGUAUAAUAAAUGAAUCAAUAAGUGGUAUUAUAAUAACUGCUGGAUCAAAUAAUAUCUUCCAAGCCUCACGAUUUUAUCCGUCUUGGUGGAUCACUUACGAUCAAUGGUGCACGCAAAUAAAUAAACCUAUUAAACAUGUUUGGAAUGAUAUUGCUAUUAUAAGGUUGACUACCAAAGUAGGAAAUGCAAUUCCUAUCGCAACUAUUUCGUCCGUAUCACCGGAUCAGUUAAUUGGUUUACAAGUUGAUGCCGUUGGAUGGGGUACAAUGAAUAAUGGUUCGAUUGCUUUAGAAUUGCAAACGGCGUCAGUGAAUGUUUUAAAUAGAUACGAAUGCUCACAGUUAUUAAGCGCGCUUGCUUCAGAAACUAUUCCUAUCGAAAAAAGACAAUUGUGUACAAUCGCAGAUCCUUAUGUAUUGGUGCAUGAAGUGCUGUGCUUUGUUUACAAAGAGUUUAAAUCUCUUUCUUUUGUUAAUUACAUGUCUCUAAAAUUAAGAAAAGAUUCUUUUUGUCUACAAUAA